CCUCGAACCACUACCAUCCCCAAAGCCUGUCCAUCCAUCAUGCAGAUCUUCGUUAAGACCCUCACCGGAAAGACCAUUACCCUCGAAGUCGAGUCCUCGGAUACCAUCGACAAUGUCAAAGCCAAGAUUCAGGAUAAGGAGGGAAUUCCUCCCGACCAGCAGCGUUUGAUCUUCGCCGGCAAGCAGCUCGAGGACGGCCGCACUCUUUCUGACUACAACAUUCAGAAGGAAUCGACCCUCCACCUUGUCCUCCGUCUCCGUGGCGGUAUGCAAAUCUUCGUCAAGACCUUGACCGGCAAGACAAUCACCCUCGAGGUGGAGUCUUCUGACACCAUUGAUAACGUCAAGACAAAGAUUCAGGACAAGGAGGGAAUCCCUCCCGACCAGCAGCGACUCAUUUUUGCUGGAAAGCAGCUUGAGGAUGGCCGUACCCUCUCUGACUACAACAUUCAGAAGGAGUCGACCCUCCACCUCGUUCUUCGUCUCCGUGGUGGUAUGCAGAUCUUUGUCAAGACCCUCACGGGCAAGACCAUCACCCUCGAGGUCGAAUCCUCAGACACCAUCGACAACGUGAAGGCCAAGAUUCAGGACAAGGAGGGCAUUCCCCCUGACCAGCAGCGUUUGAUCUUCGCCGGCAAGCAACUCGAAGACGGCCGCACUCUUUCCGACUACAACAUUCAGAAGGAGUCGACCCUCCACCUUGUCCUCCGUCUCCGUGGUGGUAUGCAGAUCUUCGUCAAGACCCUUACCGGCAAGACCAUCACUCUUGAAGUCGAGUCGUCCGAUACCAUCGAUAACGUGAAGGCGAAGAUUCAGGACAAGGAAGGUAUUCCUCCUGACCAGCAGCGCCUUAUCUUUGCGGGCAAGCAACUCGAAGAUGGUCGCACCCUCUCGGAUUAUAACAUUCAGAAAGAGAGUACUCUUCACUUGGUUCUCCGCCUUCGUGGUGGUUUCUGAGUCCGGUUGGGGAGUACCUGCUGACAUCUCUUCAUGAUUGCACUGCCGACUGUAUAUCAUUGACAUGUGGUGUCCUGCGUGAUCGCACUGUAUUAUAGCUACUGUAACCAACAUUGACGUUUUAGUAAGAAAGCAA